UUAUGGCGGAUGAAUCUUCCGUAGAUUGGAGAGGCAGACUCUGCAAACCAAACAAACAUGGUGGAAUGAGGGCUGCUGUAUUUGUUCUUGGUCUUCAGGCGUUUGAGAUGAUGGCGAUUGCUGCUGUUGGGAACAAUCUCAUAACUUAUGUGUUCAAUGAGAUGCACUUUCCAUUGUCAAAAUCUGCAAAUAUUGUCACAAACUUCAUAGGCACUGUCUUCCUUCUUUCUCUUCUGGGUGGAUUCCUCUCUGAUUCUUAUCUCGGAAGCUUCUUCACUAUGAUUAUCUUUGGCUUUGUGGAGCUCUGUGGUUUCAUUCUUCUGGCCAUUCAAGCCCAUGUACCAAAGCUAAGACCCCCAAAGUGCAGAAUGAUGGAUCAUGGAAGCUUGUGUGAAGAGGCAAAAGGCUACAAGGCUUCAAUAUUCUUUCUAGCUCUCUACUUAAUGGCUUUGGGAAGUGGCUGUCUCAAACCAAACAUAAUCUCUCAUGGAGCAGAUCAGUUCAGGAAGGAAGAUCCUUCACAGAGCAGAAAGCUUUCUACUUUCUUCAACAUUGCCUAUUUUGCCUUCUGUAUGGGAGAGCUUAUUGCUCUCACUCUUCUCGUUUGGGUCCAAACCAAUUCGGGUAUGGACCUCGGGUUCGGCGUCUCGGCCGCUGCCAUGGCUAUCGGCUUGAUCUGCUUAAUCUCCGGCACUUUUGCUUAUCGCAACAAGCCUCCUCAGGGAAGUAUUUUCACGCCUAUUGCCCAGGUUUUUGUGGCUGCAAUAACAAAGAGAAAGCAAAUAUGCCCUUCAAGUGCAGACAAGAAGCUUCAUGGAAGCCAAAAUAACAAGCCAAUUAAUAAUAAUGACUCAUCAGAAGCAUCAACAACUAAAAUCAAUAAUUUUCUUCAUGCUGAAAAGUUCAGAUUCCUUGACAAGGCGUGCAUCAAAAUUCACGAAGGGACAGAAGCAAAGGAAAGCCCAUGGAAGCUAUGCACAGUAUCACAAGUGAAGCAAGUGAAGAUAAUUGUAUCAGUCAUUCCCAUCUUUGCCUGCACCAUCAUAUUCAACACAAUCUUGGCUCAACUUCAAACAUUUUCAGUACAACAGGGAAGCAUCAUGGACACACACAUCACAAAAGGCUUCAAAAUGCCACCAGCUUCACUUCAAUCCAUCCCUUACAUUAUGCUCAUAGUGUUUGUCCCUCUCUAUGAAACUGCUUUCGUUCCGAUAGCGCGAAAAUUCACCGGAAAAGAUUCCGGGAUUUCCCCUCUGCAAAGAAUUGGCAUUGGACUCUUCAUUGUGACAUUUUCAAUGGUAUCAGCUGCCAUGGUAGAGUACAAGAGAAGGAAUUUAUCUUCAGAACGAACCCUUUCGAUCUUCUGGAUCGCGCCUCAAUUCUUAAUCUUCGGUCUCUCGGAGAUGUUCACGGCAGUAGGGCUUGUUGAGUUCUUCUAUAAGCAAUCAUUGGACGGAAUGCAAGCAUUUUUGACAGCCAUGACUUAUUGCUCAUACUCAUUUGGAUUCUACUUGAGCUCACUUCUUGUGUCCCUAGUGAACAAAAUUACUUCAAGUUCAGGAGGUGGAUGGCUUAGUGACAAUGAUCUUAACAAGGAUAGGCUUGAUCUUUUCUAUUGGCUUCUUGCUUCACUAAGUUUUAUCAAUUUCUUUAACUAUCUGUUUUGGUCAAGUUGGUAUUCUCCAAACUCCUCUUCAGCUAAGUAUCCAACUAACCAGGAUACUUUUAGAGAAGCUAAAUAGAUCCUUAGGCUAAUUAGGAUAAUCUCUUAGCAUCAUGUUAGGGUUGCAAAUAUCAGAGCUUGGAAUAUUAUGUCGUAUGGUAUUGACUUAGUUGCAUAUUGUACUGAAAAAGAACGGUGAGGGGGGAAAAAAAGAUUA